CAAUAAACAGACCCAACAUCCCAACAUCUCCUCCACUCGCCCCGAGCCAGCACCACUCUACUCAUCCCUCCCUCACAAGCGGCAACCCCGCACGAACCACCACCAUGACAGAACGCAAAGGCGCCUACGGCACCGCGGCCUCCGACACCGACUUCCGCAAAAAAUACGACCGCGCCGAGUACGCCGAGAAAGCACGCGUCCGCGAAGCAGCCGAAAAGGAAGAAGGCAAGCUCCGCUACGAAGCCAAGCUCGCGGGGAAGAAAUACUACGCCCCCCUCACAGGCGACGAGACGCUCACGGAGGCAAGAAAGAGCAGGUUGGAUGUUUCGGGGAAUGUGGGAAAGAUUAGUCUGUUGCCGGCGGGGGCGGCGACGGGGAAGAGGGGGAGGGGUGCGGGGUUUUGGUGUGAGGCUUGUGAUUUGACUUUUAAGGAUAAUUUGCAGUGGGUUGAGCAUGAGAAUAGUAUGCAGCAUCUCCGCGCGAUCGGACAGACAGGCGAAGUCAAGCGCGCGAGCGCAGAGGAUGUACACAAGCGCAUCGAGCGGAUCUGGACAAAGAUGGAAGAAGAGCGCAAGGGAGACGUGAAAACACUCCGGGAACGGCUCGAGGGGCGCGCGGAGGAGGAAGAGAAAGUGAGGGAAGAACGGAGGAAGAAGAGGCAGGAGGCAGCGCAGAAGAAGAGGGAGGAGAGGGAAAAGGAGAUUAAGGUCAAGUCGGAGUAUGAUGAGGAUGUUAGGGUGGAGGGGGAGCAUGAUGUCGAGGAUAUGGCGGCGAUGAUGGGCUUUGGCGGGUUUGGGACGUCGAAGAAGUAG